CGAUCGAUGUUGCUUGAGGAGUUCCGCCAACGAAGAGCCGCUGCUGCCAAUUGGGUCUUGGACGACAUUCGAGGUCACGUCGUUGAAUUCUGCAUGGACCAGCAUGGGUCUCGCUUUGCGCAAGACCGGCUGGAUCAUGCUUCGCGAGAUCAGGUCAAUUGGGUCUUCGAGGAGAUCCGGCCUUCAGCCCGCUCCUUGAUGCAGGACGUCUUUGGCAAUUACGUUGUCCAGAAGAUGUUCGAGUACGGUUCUACCGAGCAAAGGCUGUCACUGACCGAGGAGGUGCGCAAUUAUGUCGUGCCACUCUCUCUGAGCACCUACGGCUGCCGAGUCAUCCAGAAAGCUCUGGAUUAUCUGCCUGACUCAGUCCGCCUAGACCUAGCUGAGGAGCUCAGAGGGCACGUCUUGGAGAUGGUUCAGGACCAGAAUGCCAACCACGUUGUGCAGAAGCUCCUGUCAGUCGUAGAGAACCCAGAGGAUGUCAGGUUCAUCUCUGACACAUUCCAUGGGCGUGUCGUCAGUCUGGGCGCUCACUGCUACUCUUGUCGAGUACUGCAGCGCAUCUUUGAGAGAUGCGGUCAAGCUCAGGCUCGACCACUCCUGGAAGAGUUGCAUCAGAGCAGCGAGAGACUGAUGGCCGAUCAGUACGGGAAUUACGUCAUCCAAUGGAUCUUACAGCGAGGCAUGCCACAAGACAAGAUGAAAGUCAUCGAGGCCGUGGUAGGCAAAGUCCUCGCCUUGAGCAGACACAAGUUCGCUUCGAACGUGGUAGAGCAGGUGGUCAGGGCUGCCGACAAGUCGCAGCUUCGACGACUGGCUAGCGAGAUUCUGGAACCCGUAGGACCAUCGCCCUAUCCUUACGAAGACGAGACUAUGGCUUCGGCGAAUCGAGCGGCGAACAUCAUGAUGACAGACCAGUACGCGAACUACGUCCUGCAGAGGUUCAUCGAGCUCUGUGAGCCCGACCAAAAGAUGAAGCUCGUAUCAAUUCUGCAGCCGAGCCUUAUCGCUCUGAGGAGGGGAGCUGGUGGGCCUGGCGGAUGGACAAAGCAUCUAGCGGCCGUCGAGCGCCUCGUU